UCUGCGUGUUCUUCGACGCCUUAAGAUAUCAUUUAUUGAUUAAUUUCAUUAUGUAUUUAGUGGCGAUUUAAUUCAUACUUUUUUGGUGGAUGAGGAUAAUUAAAUCUUCAGUUAUGACCAGUGAAGUCGAUGCUAAAGUUGACAUAAUGUAUGGAUUGAAGACGGUUCUUUCACAAAUUGAAAUUGCCGUGGCCAGAAGAAGUAAAGACCUACCUCAGAUAGCACCAAGAUUGGUUGCUGUAUCAAAAAUUAAACCUGUCGAACUUAUUGUGGAAGCUUACAAUGCUGGCCAGAGGCACUUCGGAGAAAACUAUGUAAACGAAUUAAGUGAUAAAGCCAGUGAUCCAUUAAUACUGGAAAAAUGCAAAGACAUUAAAUGGCACUUCAUUGGACAUUUACAAACAAACAAGAUUAACAAACUACUUGGUUCGCCAGGCUUGUUUAUGGUUGAAACAGUUGAUUCAGAAAAAUUAGCUGAUAAUUUGAAUAAGCAAUGGUUGAAAUAUAGGAAGGAGAAGGAAAGAUUGAGAGUUAUGGUACAAGUUAAUACUAGUGGUGAACAAGCAAAAAGCGGCUUAGAACCAUUGGAAACAACAAAAGCUGUUGAGCACAUUCUCGAAAACUGUCCAAACCUAGAUUUCCAGGGACUGAUGACCAUAGGGCAGUAUGACUAUGAUAUUACCAAAGGACCAAAUCCUGACUAUCUGUGCCUAAUAAAAUGCAGGCAAGAAGUGUGUGAGAAGUUGAAUUUGGAUAUCAAAGAUGUUGAGUUAUCAAUGGGAAUGUCUUCAGAUUUUGCACAUGCUAUUGAAUUAGGCGCAACUACAGUUCGGGUUGGUUCUACUAUUUUUGGAGCAAGGCCGCCGAAAAAUUCAUAAAUCACGUUGCUUAGAAGUUACUUUAAAGUUAUUUAUAGGUUAUUGAAAUUUUAAACCAUUAAUUUGUAAAAUGUAUGUAAUGUUUCUAUAAAAGGGCUUCCAAAAUAAAUAAGAUUUUACGCAAAAA